CUUCCACCCCUUCGUCCAAAAGAGAUUCUGCUGCUUUUCGUUCUAUGCUCUCCGCUUCGAGUGGAGCCUCGGGCGAGGUGGUGGGAAGACGAGGUCCACUCUCCCUGUUCGGGUCUACAAGACCCUAAUCUUCUUGCCCUGACUCUGGAUGCUGCUCUACAUCACUGCGCCGCCUCCUAACUCCCUCCCAGUUAACGUCUUCCUCAAUAAGAGCAGCGUCGUCGGUGUAGAUGGCCAAGCAUGAUUGAUAUCGGUCUCCCACAUGCAGAUUUCUCUGUAGAUGACUCCGAUAGACAUGACAAUGACGACGGUGCCGGAGAUGGCACCAAUUAGUUUCUCCGACCACACUCUACUCUCCCUCCUCGAGCUUCAGCAACAAAAACUCAAACGCGGAAGGUCACGACGAGGAGAAGAAUGCCGACGGCGGUGAAGGUGUCGGCUCUUUGACCUCUCAGCAAUGGCCGCAGAGUUAUCAAUUCAGGUUUCACUUCGUACGAUCGAUCUUUUUGCUUUCCUGGACUUUUGCUUUCCUUUCUUUUUUUCCUUCCAUAUCUCCGUCGUUGGAGUUUUCAAUGCUCCGGUGGCUAUUUGAUGGCCUCGCCUGUCGUGUUUGGAUCACAGUUUUGGGCUCAGUAGGCCGCCUGUGGUAGUGUGGUUCAGUGCUGGGCGGACAGAGAUAUACAUAACGAGAGACGACCAGUCGAGGGAAAGUCAACAACAAUAAGAUGAUUCUUUUUACGGUAGCAGCAACCUGGGGUUCUACAACUCAACAUCAACUCUCAAGCCUCAUUCUCCUGAAGAAGUUGUUGACUGGAACAACUGGCCUACACUCUCAAGACCGAAAACUGAUUUACAAAGACAAAAGAAAGGUAUUCCAACGCGUUCAUGGAUAUAAAAGGGUUAGAGACAUGUCCAAAAUGGUUCUGCUUGAAGCCCAUAUUGGCCAGGAGAAGUGCUUCCUUGAGAUGAGAAAGAAUGGCAAGAUUGAGAAAUCUUUGUGGUCCAUUUCCGAGAUCAGCUAUGAAGUCUACUGCCUCGCCAUUUUCUCUUUGAUAUUCAUCCGUUGGUUGUAGGUAAUUCGAUUUGCCAGUUCUCAUCCGAAUGUCCAACCUGGUUGCUUUCUUAUAGAUUUGGACUCUCGAAUCAGUAAAUAGUGUAGGUGGGAAUGUAGGAGGAAAUGAAGUUUUCAGCUUUAACAAGCUGUUGAUGAAUGAGCUGCUGAAAUUGGAGAGGAUUAUAGGUGAUGGAGAUGCCAAAUUAUAGGGGGAAUUGCAGGGCUAGAAGUGCUUAGAUUAGUUUCAGGGCACCAAGAACAAAACUUGAAAUGUGUUAAUCUUCUUUUCUUCACAGAUGGGUUGAAAGGUGCUUACUUCUCUAUUGAUUUUCUUGAUAUGCUCAAUGAUUUAUUUACCAUUCACAUAAUAUGAGACUUUGUGUGCUUGCUGUAUCUGUUGUUUAUUUCAUUUAAACAAAAUUACCAUCAUUGUUGCUCAGUACAGGGUCCUGGAGGAGUUGCAGGAUCUUUCUGCAGUUCAGAGUUUCAGAACCUCUUCCCAAUUGAUUGGAGUUCUCUCAUUGCUGGGCCAUCUAGCUUACAUAUAACUUAAUUAUACAUUUACCAUCUUCAGAAUGUAAUUGAUUUACUACUUAACCAUUCGGGAACUGCAGUUCAUCACUAAAUGUAAGUUUGUGAACCCUUUACAUGAAUUUGUUGCUCAAAUUAUGUGUUUUUUUAAUCCAUGUUUAAAUACUCAAUUAAAUGGAUGCGUGUUUGGAUGUCAACCAUUUUCGUGAAUCCAUGUUGUUCCUUUCCCCAUUGUUUACUCUAUAUCAGUUUGUCAUUGUUUCGUAGUCUAACUUUUUCAAGAUUUUAUACAAGCUCUAAUUAUUAGUUCCCAUCAGGCAAGAAAUACACCAUCACCAAUCAGGCAUUGAUUGAAUCCUACCUGAAAGAUGGUUAGGUAUAAGAUUCUCACUUUUCAGAAUCCAUAUUAAGUUUACUUUAUAUGAUUUGCUGUGAGAAGUCAUGAUCUGAUAGGUAAUCAAUUUCUAUUCCUUUUUGGCUUGCUAAUUAUAUGUAGAAAUUUCCAGGAUAAUGCGCUUCAAAAACUCUUCUCAUAGCAUGAUAUGUUUGUUCAGUUCAUGAGUAUGGAUAAAGAGCUUCUCCAUCAGUAAGGGACAUUAAGGACCUGCUAUUGUUUCUCGUCAUCAAUGGUCAUCGAGAUUGUGUAACUGACAGACAAGCUGCUGAACAUGUCGAUCAGUAAGCUGAAUCCUCUUUCCUGUCACAUGCACAGUCGCAUAUGCUUUUCAAUUGGUUGGAUUUAAAUAUUGAUUUUAAAAGUGUUUGCCCCUGGUUUGCCGUUACCAUUUCAAUUUGACAUUUCUGUCUGAUCUUCUUAAGUUCCUCUACAUUCAGCCUUCUUCCGGUAAUGCUCUUUCUCUACAAUUGAUGGAUACCUUUGCCUCAUAAUUGUAGUUAACCGGAUCUAGAAAAUUAUGUGUAUAGUUGAUGUUUAAUUGAUAUGGUUAACUCCAGUAAAUUGUGUUAUUUUUU